CGUCCAUUUUGUUUAGCCGUGAGCUAACCUGCGCUGCUAGCGCCGCGUUAACACUACCGGUCUACCGGGUUCACCGAGCAGCAGAGAUGGAUGACGGCGACGAGCCGGGUUUAGUCCUCUCGCACAACACGUCGUCGGGCUCCAAGUCGGGCGGGGACAAGAUGUUCUCCCUGAAGAAGUGGAACGCGGUGGCCAUGUGGAGCUGGGACGUUGAGUGUGAUACCUGUGCCAUUUGCCGGGUGCAGGUGAUGGACGCUUGUCUUCGAUGCCAGGCGGAAAAUAAACAAGAGGAUUGUGUUGUUGUGUGGGGCGAGUGUAACCACUCCUUCCAUAACUGCUGCAUGUCGCUGUGGGUGAAGCAGAACAACCGCUGCCCGCUCUGCCAGCAGGACUGGGUGGUUCAGAGAAUCGGCAAAUAAGCCACGCCGUCCGGGUGGGCUUCACCUGCGUGCACCCGAAGGUGCUGACAGACUUUACAAGAAGAUCUCCGUGGCCUCCUGCGUGGAGCCACCAACAUCAGCUGCUGUCCUCCUCCUUCAGAUUGCAUGUUUUGCAGUGGUCCUGCUGUCAAAGGAAGGACGGUGGAGAAAAUUGAAGCUGUGCGGACGUUUGCUCCUCGUCGACUGGCUGAAGCUGCCGCAGCUACUGAGACAAGAAGAGGUGGAUGAAAUGUGUUGCAGCUCCGUGUUGGUUUUCUGUUAUUGUCUGUGAUGCUUUCUGGCACAUCUUCAAUGUGUUACUGUCUUUUUAAAGAAAUAAAGGUUUGUGACUAGUUGUA